ACGAUGCAUGACAUGGACAUGACAUGACAUGACUGUUGACCUGCAAUUAAACAACCCUCCCUACCCGUUGAGAUAUCAGUCAGCUUCUUAGCAGCACCAUCAUACGUACAUUUGGCACCGCGAUCAUGGCGCAGCCCGGCGUGCAUGCUGCUCAGACUCUUCCAAAGUUUCUGCUGCCUCGCCUGAGCUGGCAAGCACCCGUCAGCUCCUCCUCGCAGCAAGUUCUUAGGACUGUGGUAGCGCGACCGGCUCAAGAUCGGACACCAUGGCAGCCAACUCAGACCUCGGGCAUACACACGGAACGUCGACUGCCAGGCCAUACUCGUAGGACCAGCAGGAACUCUGCUAUCCUCCGGAACCCGGAACUCAGACGCUCAUUCCAUGCCACCGCCCCGCGAGCCCGAGACCACCACUUCGACACUUUGAAGUUCGUCCAGCGUUUACAAGAUGAGGGGUUCACAGAGGACCAGUCUGUGGCCACGAUGAAGGUUUUGAACGAUGUUAUCGAAGAGAGCAUACAAAACUUGACCCGUACCAUGGUUCUCCGCGAAGAUGCUGCUAAAGCAACCUAUACCCAAAAGGUCGACUUUGCUAAGCUGCGCUCCGAGCUGCUUUCAGCAGACAGCACCGAAUCAAAUACCACACGCGCAGCCCAUGAGCGCUUGACAAAUGAUAUCACCAAGCUGAACAGCAGAUUACGAGACGAAAUUGGACGGACGCAGGCGUCUGUUCGGUUGGACCUCAACCUCGAGAAAGGCCGUAUCAGGGAGGAGGCAGUCAGCCAGGAGCUUAAGAUCAAGGAGACUGAAACCAAGAUCGAGCAGGAAGUUGCCGCACUCCGCGAGAAGCUAGAGCAGGUCAAGUUCCAAACUCUCCAGUGGCUCAUGGGUGUCUGCACCGGUUUUGCCGCUCUGCUACUUGGUGCUUGGAGAUUGCUUAUGUGAUUUGUUCUCACCGGCCACUGGAGCGUCCGGGGCACAUAUCCUAUGAUUCGUACUUUCGAGCCUAUACUUCGGGAAAGGAUUUACAACAUCG